UUCGAUCUUGGGACAAUGUACGGCGGCAGCUCGAGCUACGGUGGUGGAAGCGAUCGCUACGGCGAUUCGUCGUCUCGACGCGAUUAUGGCGGCAGCAGCAGCUACGGUGGUGGAAGCAGCUAUGGCGGUGGCAGCAGCUACGGCGGAGGCCGUUCGGGUGGUGAUCGAUACGGCGGCGGUGGAUUCGGGGGUGGCGGCUUUGGAGGGGGCGGCGGCUUCGGCGGUGGUGGAGAUUUGGGAGCCAACCUGAACACGAACAUUCAGUGGGAUCUCUCGAAGCUUCCUGUGUUUGAAAAGAACUUCUACUACGAACACCCGGACGUGUCUCGUCGCACUGAGGAAGACACUGUACGCUGGCGCGCGAAGCACUCCAUCAGCGUCAACGGCAAGGGCGUCCCGAAGCAUGUGGAAACGUUUGAAGAAGCAUCUUUCCCUCAAUACGUGCUGGACGAAGUUGUCCGCCUCGGUUUUGCAUCGCCCACGCCAAUCCAGUGCCAAGGGUGGCCCAUGGCUUUGUCUGGUCGCGACAUGGUCGGGAUUUCUGCGACGGGGUCCGGGAAGACUUUGGCGUUUUUGCUGCCUGCCAUCGUUCACAUCAAUGCACAGCCGUAUUUGCAACCUGGUGACGGGCCCAUUGUGCUUGUCAUUGCGCCGACUCGCGAAUUGGCCGUCCAGAUCAAGCAGGAAUGCGACAAGUUUGGGUCGAGCUCGAAGAUCAAGAACACAUGCGUGUAUGGUGGUGUCCCCAAGCGUGGUCAGAUUGAAGAUUUGUCGCGCGGCGUUGAAAUCUGCAUUUGCACACCCGGGCGUAUGAUCGAUUUGCUCAACAUCAACAAGACCAACUUGCGCCGUGUGACGUACCUCGUCCUCGACGAAGCCGAUCGCAUGCUGGACAUGGGGUUCGAACCGCAAUUGCGCAAGAUUGUGAGCCAGAUUCGCCCCGACCGACAGACGCUCAUGUGGUCGGCGACAUGGCCGAAGGAGAUCGUGUCGCUCGCCCACGACUUUUUGAACGACUUUAUCCAAGUCACGGUUGGGUCGUUGGAGUUGACUGCGAACAAAAACAUCACGCAAGUGGUCAAGGUCAUGACUGACAUGGACAAGUACGGCGCCCUCAUGGAUUUGUUGCGCGACGUGUACGAAGGCGGCCGCAUUAUCAUCUUUUGCGAAACCAAGCGCGGUGCGGACGAACUCUGCCGCAACCUCAAGGGCACGCGGUAUGCGACCCGGGCGAUCCACGGCAACAAGUCGCAGGAAGAGCGCGAUUGGGUGCUCAAGGAGUUUAAGGAAGGCAAGGCGCAAAUCCUUGUCGCGACUGACGUGGCCUCCCGCGGGCUUGACAUCAAGGACAUUCGAUAUGUCAUCAACUUCGACAUGCCCAAGAACAUUGAAGACUACAUCCAUCGCAUUGGGCGAACGGCGCGUGCCGGCAUGAAGGGGACAGCAGUGUCGUACUUCACGGCGGAGAACGGUCGCAUUGCUGGCGACAUGAUUCGUAUUUUGUCGGAAGCCGGCCAGGAAGUGCCCCGUGAGUUGGAAAACCUGCGCGGGUAUGGCGGCGGUGGGGGUCGUGGCGGUGGCCGUGGUGGCCGUGGCGGCGGACGUGGUGGCUUUUCCCGUUGGUAGUGAAAGUUUAUAUAAUGACAAACAAAGACGACGCUUCGGGCACCCUCUUGACAUCAUGUAUCUGUCGCUUUGAAUACAACAGAACGCCCUUCUUGAGUCCAACACCUUCGAUCGACGAAGUUGUGUCCCGUUCGAUUGUUCCGGGAUGUGUGAAAUAUACCUUG